AUGGCUGGUGCUUGUGAUACUGAACAACAGAGAAUGAUUGACAGGAUCAAGUGCAUCGCUUUUCGUGAAGCUCGCGAUGCUGGUGCAACAUUUAUAAAUAGACAAUGGAUUGCGGACAAAAUUCAUCGCACAACUCGAUUUGUCUCGGAGUGGUGGGAAAAAUCAUAUGACCAAUGCUUUGCUGAUUAUUCAAAUGUUGGUGCUAAACCUAAAUUAUCAGAAGCUAGUCGAGAAAUUAUUCGUCAAGCAAGUGGUCAACAAAGAAAAAGCGGUCCUGUUGUGGCAAAGGAGAUUGCAGAAAAGCAAAAAGAAUAUGCCACCGGAAGAACAAUUAAUAAUUACCGUCACAGAGAAGGAUUAAAACCGUUUCAUGUUAUUCCAAAACCGUUAAAAUCUGAAACUCAUAUAUCAGAUCGAUUAUGGCUCUGUGACUGGUUAAAAGAUUGGACUGUAGAAGAUUUUCUUCAUCUGGCACCAUCUGAUGAAUUUUAUAUUUGGACUGUCCGUCGACCAAAUUAUUAG